ACUUAAUUAAUUAGUUAAAAAUCAUUAACUGCAUGAUCCAAGAGAUUUAUUAUCCAUUUAUUGAAAUUGUGUAUAGAUUCUUCGAGUCAUGUUUCACCUUGUUAUUGUCAUUGAAAAAAAGUAAAUGGUUAAACUUUUGUAAAUGAUUCAUGUUUAAUUGACAGAUUGCUCGUUUUAAUAGUCAGUUAUUUUUUAACGAUAACUAGAAUUAACAUGAUUGUUUAUAUAUCUGUUGAAACGAACAAAGUAUUUAUUUAUAUUCAUUAUUUAGAUAAGUGUUUCCAGUGACAAUAUCAGUAAUUACAUUAUUUACCAAUGAAUUUGGAAGAUAUUGCUCAGAAUUGUUUAACUAUUUGUAGUUAUUUGUUUGUACCAUAGUUAUAGGAAUAAUUUCAAAUAGAAACAGCAAUUUAAAUGUCUCGGUGGGUUAUUUUUAUCUCUGUGGGGGGUUACCAUAGUGAUACGUUCGGGGCUAUUGCUGAUAUUUUUGCAGCUCCUGUCGUCGACGCAAUUUUUGCCGAUUUAUUUUUAGUCCAAGAAUUUUCCGGUGAAUAAAAUUGAGAAAUGGCUAAUUGGGGGGAUAAGAGGGUACAGGGGGUGGAGAUUAUUCCACCACCCCCUCCGAGAUUCACCAUGAGCGAAUGGUCCCUCAAUAAUCAAGAAAGGCACAGGGCGUGCACCACCAACUGCGAAUUAGUCGAGAGUUUAAUUGAGGAGUCACAUCGUCUCUGCGACAUGACCAACGAGAAGACGAGGAGAAAUAAAUUGGCAACGGAUCGCGAAUUGGAGGGACAGAGUGAGAAUAUUAAAUUCUGCAGGGACGAGCUACUUCGGGCUCGGAAGAAGAUUGUCCUGGAGGUCGACAGCCUCUUCGCGUACAAAUCCCGGAUCACCGAUGCCCUGGCGUCAGUCAGGAGGAAUGCAGCUGUCAUCUGCGAGAAUUGUCUCAUCUCCAGGGAACAUCGUCGAGGCAUUGAUUUAACUCUCGAUGAAGUCGACAAACAGCUACGGAUGGAGCUCAAGGUCAUCCACGGUGCGGAGACGACGUUCACUCGUACUCUGGAGGAAACAUCUGAGGAAAUCAGGGCUUUGAAAUCCAUUUUGUACUCCGUCGAUCGAAAUCUUCAGGACAAACACCAGAAUUUCAUCGUCGAGCGGGAAAAUUUGAAUAUCAGGGAGACCAGUAUGAAUCUUUCGAUUUAUCAUGGGACGUCGUCACUCGAUUCGUCAACUCUCACGAUGCAAGAAUGGGAAAUUCUCUCGAAUGAAUUAAUCACCGACGGCAAGAAGGAAUUGAACAGCAGUAAAUUAUUGCGCAAUUACGUCGAUACAAUUCUCCGGGAGAUCACCAAUGAUCUCAAUGAUCAAAUCACCACCACCAAUGAUGCCUUCCAGCAGAGAAUCAGAGAAACGAAAGAGGCAAAAAUGGAACUCGAGUCGCAACACUCAAAGAUAAUUGAGAAGGCCAAUGACAUGACGAUGAAUAUCGCUCGACUCCAGAAGAUGAUUGCUGAGAAGGAGGGCUUCAUCGCCCUGAAUCACACGCGAUUGGGCAACAGGUGUCGACGUCCUCAGCUGGAGAGGACAGCUGAUGCUGUUGAGAGACAACUCCUGUCUGAAUGUGCAGAUCUUUCUGAUUCUGUCACUCAAUUGCAGCAAACCCUCCACGAGACACAGGCAGCUCUGCGGUACCUCCUGAAGACUCAAAUUCAAGUCGAAGAAGACAUAAACGUCAAGGUCAACACCCUGAAGAUCGACGAAGUGGAGUGCAUGGGGAUGAGGGAAUCAUUGAGCUUUCACGCCUAUUAAAAAUUCAUCAUAAUUCCAAAUUAUAAUUGAACUCAUUGAAUCACUGGGCAUCUCUAUAGCCAGGAAUGAACGAGUGACAUUCGCUACUUAAUAAACAAUUAAACAAAUCGACUUGUAAUCACAAUUUUCAACAAAUGUAAUUGAAAUUCACUGCUAUAUCC